CCAGACCCUAAACCAGACUUUCUCCAAAAAGCCGUAUCAGCGCCAUUAGAACAAAAUUCCUUCUCUCUUUUUCUCUCUCCCUUUUCCCUUCCUUCUCUCCCCCUCUCUCCUUCUCGCCUGCCAAACAAACAAAAUUCUUCUUCCCCUUUUUCUUGUUAACUUCCCAUAAUUUCUUAUGGAAUUCUGGGUAAUCACUCAAUUCAUUUCCUCUUCUUUUCUUCAUUUUCAUCCCCGCUCUUAAUCAUUCAGAACGCGGUGAAAUUUGAGUUCCAGAAAGUUUUGACCUGAAAUCCAUGGCGCUUUCUGAAAUCGUGCCGGCAUUGUCCGAACCCGCGUCGACGACAUCCUCUUCUUCCUGCUCUGGCUCUGUUUCUCAUCGGAAUUCUGAGGAUAAACGCCGGUUUGUUGAUCUUAGAGGUGUACGGUGGCGUAUAAAUCUUGGGGUUUUGCCUUCUUUGGCUUCUAUUGAUGAUCUUCGUCGUGUUACAGCUGAUUCGAGAAGAAGAUAUGCUAUGUUGAGAAGACGCCACCUUGUUGAUCCACACGUUUCCAAGGAUGGAAGCAGUUCUCCUGAUAUUGCAAUGGAUAAUCCUCUAUCACAAAACCCAGAUAGCAUGUGGGGCCGCUUCUUUCGGAGUGCUGAGCUGGAGAAAAUGGUUGACCAGGAUUUAUCACGUUUAUAUCCAGAACAUGGAAGCUACUUCCAGACGCCUGGAUGUCAAAGCUUGCUUAGAAGAAUUUUAUUGUUAUGGUGCCUUCAACAUCCCCAGUUCGGCUAUAGACAAGGAAUGCACGAACUUUUGGCUCCUUUGUUGUAUGUUCUUCACGUUGAUGUGGAGAGGCUUUCCCAAGUGAGAAAACUUUAUGAAGACCAAUUUGCCGACAAGUUUGAUGGCCUCUCAUUUCAAGAUGGUAGUUUCAAAUAUAAUUUUGAUUUCAAAAACCGUCUGGAUCCAACUGAAGAUGAGUUUGGAGCUGAUGGAAAUGUGGAAAGCGUAAAAAGUCUUUCAGAGCUAGAUCCUGAAAUACAAACUAUUAUAUUGUUGACUGAUGCAUAUGGAGCUGAAGGGGAACUGGGCAUUGUCCUUUCUGAGAGAUUUAUUGAACACGAUGCAUAUACCAUGUUGGAUGCUUUGAUGAGUGGAGCCCAUGGGGAAGUUGCAAUGGCAGACUUUUACUCUCCAACGCCUGCAGGUGGUUCCCUUUCAGGAUUGCCUCCUGUAAUUGAAGCAUCUUCUGCUUUAUACCACUUGCUCUCACAUGUUGAUUCAUCCCUACAUGCUCACCUUGUUGAACUGGGUGUAGAGCCUCAGUACUUCUCUCUCCGUUGGUUAAGGGUUUUAUUUGGUCGUGAAUUUUCGCUUGAAGACCUCUUGACAAUUUGGGAUGAAAUAUUUGCAUCAGAUAAUAGAAAAUUUGACAGAAGUGAUGAACCUGAGACAAGCUCCAGCUUUGACUUCCUUGGUUCAUCUCGUGGUGCAUUUAUUGCUGCUAUUGCUGUUUCUAUGUUACUUUAUCUGCGAUCAUCUUUACUUGCCACAGAAAAUGCAACUUUAUGUCUUCAGAGAUUGUUAAACUUCCCCAAGAAUGUGGAUUUGAAAAAACUGAUAGAGAAGGCGAAAUCUUUGCAAACAUUAGCAAUGCAUUCUAAUAUCUCAUCGACACCCUUGUUGUCUGGAGCUUAUCAUAACCAUAGCAAGUCUAUGGUUGCACGAGGUAAUGGCCAUUCAUCUGGUUCUGUUUCACCAAAAACUCCAUUAAAUCAUGUUCCUGAGAGUUACUGGGAGGAGAAGUGGAGAGUUUUACACAAGGAACAAGAAUUUAAACAAAGUGGCUCAAGAAGUCAGAAUGCAGCCCAAAAGAAAGGAUGGUCAGAGAAAGUGAGGUUCCUGUAUAGGACAGAAUCUGACCCAUCUCCAGCAAAGCUGGUGGGUGGCAAAAAGAACACCAAGUCCUCUGUUAGGCGAAGGUUGCUGGCAGAUUUGUCGCGCGAACUUGGUGCAGAGGAAGACAGUGAAAAAUGUGGGAAUGAUGAAGUCGAUAACAAGGAUGAUCUCUCGGUAGAAGGGGAGGUGGAUGGACAAGAUGGCUGUGAGAAGUACAUGGAAAAUGCUGAAGACAAGAGGUGUGAAAGUGGAAUUGCUGGCAGUGAAGAAAACUCUUCAAUAUUCUCAGACCCAACAAGUUCCUUCAGUGGAGCAAAUGAUAAUGAACAUGACUUAAAUGAUUCAAGCAGAAGCAGUGUUGCUUCAAAUUUGUCCUUGGAUGAAAAUGAUGAUCAGUCCCAGUCUGUAGUGGAAGGUUCGCCUCUUCCAGCUCCAGAUCAGUAUGAGAACAUCCCUGAAAAAUCUGGGUGCACUAAUGAUUUUGAGGGCAAUGCAGCAGUGGGGACAAAGGAUCGGAAACUUCUUGGAAAAUUUCCAUGGUUUUGGAAGUUUGGCAGAAAUGCUGCUAGUGAGGGGAAAGCUGACACUGAGACUUCCAAAUCGACUGGAGCCGAGAGUAAUCCAAUAAAGAAUAUUGAUCCCCCUAAAAUUGAUGGGGCUUGUAGUACUUCUGUUAGCGGCAAAGGAGACGGUGUGGAUCAAAAUGUGAUGGGGACUCUCAAGAAUCUUGGUCAAUCUAUGCUCGAUCACAUUCAGGUUAUAGAAACCGUAUUUCAGCAAGAACGGGGUCAAGUAGGAUCAUUGGAGAAUUUGUCGAAGAAUCCUUUAGUUGGCAAAGGACAAGUAACAGCCAUGGCAGCUCUCAAGGAGCUUCGGAAAAUCAGCAAUCUCUUAUCUGAGAUGUAAGACGGUUCUAUUUUUACUUAAUUUGUAUAUACAUUUUGUAAUUAUAUUUUUAGUGGCGUAAUAAAAUGAGUUUAUCUGUAUUACUACUACUACUACCUCAUUCAAUAUGUCGGGUUAAAGUCUAAACCAUGGUUGCAGCGACAUAAACACGCUUUUGUACCGAGAAGGCAUUAGCUAGAAUAAAUGGAUACGAAAUUUUGUUGCAA